GCUGCCUCCUCCCCCUCCAGCAGAGCAAGGGGAGGAGUACGGACCCGUCGCCAGCCGGCGUGGGAGGGAGCUCCAUGUGGGGAGCUGGGAGACACGGCAAGGAUCUGGAGAGGAGAAGCUAGACUUCGGUUCUUCCAAAUGCUCCAGCUCUGGCCUUGUGCCGCCGAUCCAUGCCUCCCCGAGAGGGCUUAGGAAGAGAGAUGGAAGAGCCCAAGUGGCAGAGCUCUGCUUCCCAGGACUGGCUUCGGGAGCCUUAGAGAUCGAGAGAAAGCGCUCAUUGCGCCUGGCAGGCAGGUGGGGAGCCCCGGGCCCACCCAGGGAACUCAGCCCGAGCCCCCCGGAGGCUGGAGACUUCCCCGUUUCUCCAGAGGCAAGCCGAACAAACGGACCCUUAAGAAUGAUGAACCUAACAAACUGCACCAUGUAGCACGGGAACAAGCACACUACUAGGAAAGUAUGAUGACUCCAUUUUGGUAUGCUUGCUUCAUAGUUCUAUUUAUUUCUUCUCUUGAAGCUGAUGAUUGUGUGGAGUUUGAAGAUGAAAUGGUGCUAGUUAUUUUUGAAGAUGAGCUCGAUGUUCGUCAAUAUAGGUCAAGAGUAUUUGGCCCUCACAGUAACAUAAGUUGGUACGGAAGGGACGGUAAGACAAUCAUCUCUAUGGAUCAGAACUCUAGGGUUCACCAGCACCGAGAGAUGCUUUGGUUUGUUCCGGCUGCAACAGAGGACUCAGGAUAUUAUUACGUUGUUGAAAGAAACUCUACCCACUGCCACAAACAGAAAAUCGAGAUAGAAAUUUUGAAGAAACAUCCUGGAACGUGUUAUGAUGAGCUAUCUGAAUAUAAACAAAAAUUGCCUCCGGGACCUGGUGGCUUCCUUGUGUGUCCCAAUUUGGAUAUUUUUAAAGAUGAAAAAAAUAAUCUACCUAAAGUUCAGUGGUAUAAGGAUUGCAAACCUCUUCUUGACAAUACAAAAUUUAAUGGAAUAAAAAAUGAUCUCUACCUGGGCAAUGUACAGAAAGAAGAUGAGGGGCACUAUACUUGUCUUAUAUCCUAUGAUUAUAUGGGGAAGCAUUAUAACAUUACUCGUGCAAUACAUCUAAGUGUUAUGGUGAAAACAAAGAAAAAUAUGCCAGUGAUUCUAACUCCAGAAAAUAGGACAAUGGAAGUGGAACUUGGAUCCCAGUUGCUUUUGGACUGCAACUUCACAGCCCAAAAGAAUGAUCUUCAAUAUUGGAUUUGGAAUGGAUCAUUUGCUUACAAUGAACCUAAUAUUACAUGGUCUGAACUUUCAGUUCCGAAUUUAAACAACACGAACACUGUCACAAGGGUUUCCAGGCUUGUCAUUUUAAAAGUGGAAAGUAGGCAUUAUUUAUACCCCUUUUUAUGCUGGGUUAGCAAUGAAGCUGGUAUAGCUACAACAUAUAUUGCCUUGAGACCACCAGUCUCAGAUUCCAGAAUGUAUAUGAUUGGAGGAUUCAUCUCUCUGGCAUUAGUGGUUACAUUCUCCGUGUUUCUCUACAAAAUUUUCAAGGUUGAAAUUGUGCUUUUGUAUAGGGAUUCUUGCCAUCCAUAUUUCCUGAAAAAAGCUUUGGAUGGAAAAGUCUAUGAUGCAUACAUAUUAUAUCCAAAAAAUUUUGAAGAAGGAUCCACUUACAUCUCAGACAUCUUUGUGUUUAAAAUCUUGCCUGAAGUCCUAGAAAAUCAAUGUGGAUAUAAUCUGUUCAUCUAUGGAAGGGAUGACCUUGUUGGAGAAGAUGCUGUUGUGGUUACCAAUGAGAACAUUACGAAAAGCAGAAGAUUGAUCAUUGUCUUAGCUGGAGAGCAAUCAAGUUACAAUUGGCUGGGAAACACAUCAGAACAGCAAAUAGCUAUGUAUAAUGCUCUUGUCCAGGAUGGAAUUAAAAUCAUCCUGGUUGAACUGGAAAAAAUUAAGAACUAUGGGAAUAUGCCAGAAUCUAUUAAAUACCUCAAACAGAAGCAUGGUGUCAUCCGAUGGAAAGGGGACUUCACGGAAGAAGCCCCAUCUGCAAAGACAAAGUUUUGGAGAUGUGUCAGGUACCACAUGCCAGCACAGCAGCAUCAGCCUUCUUCCACAAGGGAAUCCCUUGUCCUAGAUUCUGUGCUGAAUUCUAAGAAGAAAUAGCACAUGGCACUUUGAGCACUCAGGGAAACUCUCUGAAAGAUUGCACAGGUGAUUUGUCUCCUUCAUAAGUAGAAGCUGCCUGUUUGCCUUAAAGGAUUUCCAGGUUGGAUGGAUUGUCGUGGUGGCUUUUCCAGCCAUGAGUGUUUGUGUGUGUGUGUGUGUGUGUGUGUGUGUGUGUGUGUGUGUGUGUGUGUAUGUGUUCACUUGCCACUGUGUGGUCACCUGGAAUUUUGUUUCAGUGUUAAAGAGUAGCUCAUAGAUGAUCAAAUCAUCAACAGUGAAGGGCAUUAGGUCAAGGAUGGAUGAGGGGCACAUUUGGGUGAAGGAACAUGGGGGAGAGGAGGAGAGGGCAGGAGAUCUCUAUAUCCUUCUUUUAAAGCCAGCACUAUGAAACACACCAGCAUAAAAAAAGAUAAGACUAAGAAAGGGGAUUUGCAGUAACUGAGGAGGGAUUUAAAAUGAGUAAUUGUCCAAAAAAGGUAGCUGGCAGACUUGUUGCUUAGCUUUGCCUCAGAGGGCAAAGCAGCCAGGAAAUUCCUCCCAAAACUGGGUUUUGUUUUGUUUUAUCCUUGAGCAAAUGGCAUUUCGCCAAAGAAUAAUUUCAUAGAUAUCUUUGCAUCUACUUUACACUUGCUGUAUCCAUCCACAUUUACUGCCAGCUGUCAGUUUCCAAAGAAUCAGUGAGAAUUUUAUAUUGAUGCUUUUAAUUAUAUUAGUGGUUAAAACAAUUCUCUAGGAUUGCAUAUCUUUGAAAAUGGUAUUUGACCUUAGGUUUCUGUAGGGAUAGUAACCUAAAAAAAAAAGUUGCCUUUUAUAUUUGGGUCAAGAUUUCACUGGAGCACAUAACACUUUUUUUAGAGGCAAGCCUCAAAAGAAAUAAAAAUACAAACAUAUCUUAGAGAAAAUUAUGUUUCUUUUGUAAGUUUAUAUACAUAGAGAGUUUAGAGUGGAGUUUCUCUCAGGCAGUCAACGAGCAUUUAUUACAAUACAGUGGUACAGUACUCGUAAUAGUGCCACACACACACACACACACACACAAAGAGAAAAACUUCCUAUUAAAUGCCUUAUAGUAAGUUUUAUUCAUAAUGUUCUGCUAAGUAGGUUGGGAGGACUCGGGACUAUAAGGAAAGUUUAAUUCUAAAACAUUCUGGUUUCAGCUUAGAAAUAAUGGUAUAGUCUGUGAAAGAAAGAGAAGGGGAAGAAAAUAGUUGGGAAAGAAUGAACACUAAGAUUUCCAAGAAGAAUUGAGAAGUGCAAAUGGAGAAGAACCUCACGCAGGAAAGUUUAAUUACAUUGGCUUCUCAGGGAGGAAAAAUUUCAUUUUUCAUUCUGGGUGAGCUCCCUCUGCCUUAUUUUUUUUAAUAAGCACAUUUACUUUUUCCCCCCUCUGAUUACCUCAGGAGACUAUGUCCUCCCCUCCAUUCCAUUUCAAAUUAAUAAGUUCUUUUUAAUUGUACUUUUAGUAACGAUGCUGACAAUUUUAGUUUAAAAAGUUCUUGCAGAUGGAGCAAGCCAACAUCUUUGAAAGAUGUCAGUACUGCUUUAGUACAAUGAUGUCCUCCCUUUCAUUCUACAGAAAGAAAAAUAUUGAGCCAUUUUUUUCAAUGUCAGAUAUUCCCUUUUUGAUAAACAAUAUUGUUUCUAUCUUUCAGGAUGAAAGUGUGUUUGUUCACUUGUUUGUGUAACUUCAACAGAUGCUAAAUAUUUUUAUGUAUUAAAGCACCAAGUUCAUGAUUUGCAGCAAAUCUUUUGAUUGGUUCCAAUCCAAUGUAUUUGUUUUCCAAUAAAGUUGUCAUGUCAAUAGAUAAGAUUAUCCCAUUUAACAAUAACCUGUCAGAAUCUUUGAUCUGUCAGGAUCUUUGUUCCUGUUCCCCUGGACCACCCUGUGACCUGGCCCGUAAAUUUCAAGAAAUAAUUAACCACUGCACCCUGUUUUUUCUGUACAAAUAUAACUUCACCCCAAUUCCUGGCCAUUCUGAUUUGGGCUGUUUAUGCCCUGGAAUGGACGCUGGCUAAUAAAUUCUCCAUUCAAAACUUAAAAAAAAAAAAAGAAAUCUGAUGAUUCCUAUUGUUUAAAAGUCUGUUUCUUUCCUCACUCAUCUCUCUGCCUUAAGUUCACACUCCCAGGCCUGAACUAUAAAACAGAACUACAAAAAGUUUAGCCAAACUAAGAAGAUCAUACACAAUUGAUGAAAAUGGAAGUCAGAAGAAAUGUAUGUAAAUCAAUGGGCUAUAAAUAAAUGGGCUUUUUAAGUUAGGUUGCUGCA